AUGGCCGUACGGUUCCGGCAGCGGAUCCUCGUGGGUGAGGUGAAGGCCUCGGACAUGACGUUGCGAAACGCCUUCUCCGUGACCGAUCUGCCGGCCGUGGUAGUCGUCGAUGAGGCUGCCAAGCGCCACAGAUACCAAGGCGAUUUCAAGCGGGAGCAGAUCGAGGCUUUUCUGACAAGUUUUGCUUCGAAGUCCCCCGUGAGGAAUCUGCACGACUCCGACACGCCGCAGACGCAGCGGGUGAAGGUGAAGAAGCAGGCCUAUAGCGACACCGAGACCCAGGAGUACCCGAGCGGCUUCGACCCCUGGAGAGCCCUCGAGCUGCCGAGAUCCAGGUCGGUGCCCUCGGCGGAGUCCCUGAAGGCCGCCUACAAAAUGGUAUCAAGGUCUGGCCGCACCAAGUGA